AUAGAAACAUCAUUUUACAAAUAUUAUGACGUAUCAAUUUGACAAUGUUAUCAAAUAAUCUUUUGGAUUUUGAGAUCUCAUUAUUUGUAUCAAUAUUAUUUCAUACUGUAUUCUGUGAUAACUACAGAUUGCCUGAGACUAUUAUACCCAAACACUACAAGUUGGAAAUUUCAGCAAGCGUGGAUGAUGAGCUUUCUUUCAAAGGAUCUCUCGAAAUCGUAACUCAGUGUCUUAAUGCUACAAAGACUAUAUCACUGCAUAGAGAUUGGGAUCUCAAAUUCGAGAAGAUUGAAGUGAAAAAGAUAGAUACUGUACAAAGCUAUGAAAUAGGAGAUGGUGUUACAUUAAAGGAGAUCUUAUACAGUAAAACGGAAGAAUUCAUUAUGAUAUCAACGAUAGAGGAACUUGAGGAGAAUCAGCAUUAUGUCAUUUAUUUUGAAUUUGAAGGGAACAUGUUAGAAGAACCAACUGGAAUUUUUAGAGGAAACUUCUCAUCAUCAUCGGAAAAGAGCUAUUACGCAGUCUCGUUCUUUGAGCCGAUGGGUGCAAGAAAAGCAUUCCCCUGUUUUGACGAACCUGGAAUGAUAGCCACUUUUGAGCUCACCAUUGGAAGAAAAAAAAAUUACAAUACUACAAGUAACAUGCAACUAGUCAAAUCCGAACCAAUGGAAGGUGAAGACGGAUGGUUUUUGGAUCAUUUUGUGAACUCUUUUCCAAUGUCCACCUACAUGCUCUGCUUCAUGAUAUACGACGCUGAAUUCGUGUUAACAGGAAAGCAAGAGGAUCAGAUAAAGAUCCUCGUUAGAAAAGAAAUGAGAUCCUCGAUGAGCAUGGUAACAAGAACUGCCCCCAAGCUUCUCGCUUAUUUGCAGAAAUAUUUUCAAGUGCCGUUUCCAUUUCCGAAAUUGGAUAUCAUUGCUUUACCGGAUAUAAUUGGGAACAGAGAUUCCAUCUCGUCUCCUGGUCUUAUAAUAAUGCACGAAAACCAGUUGCUUUAUGAAGCUUUCAGUAUGAAACGAAGAGAGGUACACUCCAUUCUCCAGAAUGUAGCCAAAGAAAUUACGCUACAGUGGAUGUCAGAACUAGCUCUAGAAUGGUGGUCGGAUGUAUGGAUCAGAGGAAGUCUAGCCGAGUAUAAUGCACAAAAUGCCUUGAGUGACAUGUCUGAGAGUCAAUCAGUUGAAAAUGAUUUAGCUGAUUCUCUUCUAGAGUUUUUUCACUAUACACUAGCAUUACCAUUUUCGAAGGAGUUGAAUGGUGAUUCAGCCUUCGUAAGGGCUACAAUAUCUUUAACUGAUUACAAGAAGUUUGGAUUGCUUCUUCGUAUGGCACAAAGUUUGUCUAACAAAAAUGAUUUGAAAGAUAUUUCGAUGAACUUCCUGAAGCAAAAUUCGUUUCAGAAAAUAAAUCAAGAUGAUCUAUGGAAAAUUUUCGAGGGUUAUGCCCCUAGAGGCACAUUCGUUAAGCAAGUAUCUUUCAGUGAAGUCAUGGCUAGUUGGAUGUAUCAAGGUGGCUUUCCAGAAAUAGAAGUCAUAAGAGAUUACAAAUCUGGAACUGCAACUGUGAAUCAGAAAGAAUAUCGCUCAAAGAUCAAUGGAAGUGGUUCCUGUUGGUGGAUUCCAAUUAUCUAUGCAACAAAAAGCGACAACCAGAAAUUUAAUAAUGGCCUGGGGAAAUGGUUGAAAUGUCCACACAAAGCAGUUAUAUUGGAAUACUUAUCGUCAUCCGAUUGGCUCCUACUGAAUUACAAUGUGAAUUUUUUAUACAGAGUGAACUACGAUCCGCUCAACUGGAAGCAUCUACAUUCGACACUCGAAAAUCCCAUGUCUUAUAAUGAUAUACCUUCUUUGAACCGAAUGCAACUUAUAGAUGACCUUUUUGAGUUCACUGCAAGAGGAAAUCUGACCUAUGACUUCUUAUAUGAAUUUUUGAAUUAUCUGAGGUUUGACAACAGCUAUGCACCCUGGGCAGCAUUUGCCGAAAAUAUCUACAUCUUGCAUUGGCGAAUAUAUCCUAAUCGUGAAGCAAUACAUCUGUUGAAUUUGUACGUGCAGAAUGUAUUGAGACGCCAUUUUAAUAACAGGAAAUUGAACUCUCAGGGAGAUUCCUAUUCCACCUUCAAUCUCCUCAUCACCGAAAUAGCUUGUUUUUUUGAACUGCCUGACUGUUUGAAAGAAGUUGAAGACGCUUUUUACAAAUAUCGAAAAAUGAAACUCCCGUUUCAUAUCGAGUCACCCUUUUCAAUAGAUCUUCGAGAGAUUGUGUUCUGCUAUGCUAUAAAACACGAUAAUAAUGAAAACUUCAAGUUUCUUUCCGACGCGUUCAGAAACUCCACCAAUAUUUUCGAGAAACAAGAUAUGUUGAGUGCUUUAUUUUGUACGAGGAAGGUCUCACUACUUGAAGGUAUACCUAUAAGUGGAAAAAAAGAAAAAAAAAGGAGCGUUGAACACAAGGAGGAAAGAAAUUUUCAGAUCAGAAAUAUAAGAGGACCAUUACCAAGAACUGCCGAAAAACCUAUAAUGUUGAGAUCAAACACACAGGGUGAAACCUCCAAUAUAGAAGUAUCCACAGCAACUGAACAGAAUUCAACUACAUUUUUAUCAGAAGAAAGCUCAACAGAGCCAUCAGAGUCGUCCAUUACGAAUACAGAUAUGACUCCCUCAGACGAAAAUACUACUAUGAGUAUUCAGGAACAAUCAUCUAUAAAAACUGAUACAGAAGUCAACAACAAGAGCAAGAUAGAUUCCGAACUCCCGAAUCUCAAGCAUAUUAUUUUUCGUUGUGACUUCAGAGUUGUCUCAGAUAUUUUUUACAGAAACAUAGUGCUAGUCGAUCAACAAAGAGCACUUUAUUACAUCUCGCUUUUCACAGAAAGAAUCAACACCAAAGAAGACCUUGAUAUUUUCAAAAGAUUCUUAGAUGAGAAUAAAGAGAAAUUCGACAAUAUAAGAAAAAAUAUUGAAGAAAGGAUACAUAACGUGGAACAAAAUUUUGUGUGGCAGGGACAAAAAACUAAAUCUGUCAUUAGAGCUUUGAAGAAAAAUUUGAAAGUUCGUAAUACGAGAUCAAAUGUUCCGAAAAACUGUUUGAGUCACUCAGUGCAUCUGCUGAGUAUUUCAGGAGCACUCAUUAUUUUUUUGGGUCAAUAAUGAAAUAAUAUUUAAUAAAGCAUAAUUUUGAUAAGAA